UUGUGGGUUUCCUCAAAUAAAAAUCAAUUUGAAUGUUGUAUUGCUUGUUUGUUUAAUGAUUUAUAACAGUAGUAAACUAGUAAAGCAGUUUUAUAAAUUUGCAGAUAUUUAGGUUAUGUAAUACGUCAAAAAUUGAUUGAAAUUUACAACAUUGAAUUUUUUGUUAGAAUGACAUUAUCUACAAUAGAAAUAAGUUAUGUGACUUAGAUAUUUAUAGAUCCAAUAAAGUAAUAAUCCAUCAAUAUUUAUAGGUCUAAAUUACAAAGACUUAAGACUACAAGCAAAACCAUAAAAGUGGCUAAGAAAUACAGUGUUUCCUUUUAACCAGCUUGAGCCCCUGUGGCAACUGGGACUGGAACUAUUUUCUGAGUAUACCUGCAAUAGUGCACAUAUUUUUAAGUAUAAAUAUAUUAAUGUAAAACAUUAUCUAUAUUAGACCUUGGAUAAAGUGUUAUGGAACAUUUAUGUUAUACCUUGUAUAAUAUAAAUAACAUCAACUAAAGGACCGAAUUUCCAAGACCAAAGAUGUUUUCCGCCUUCUUCAACAAGGCCUCUUGCCAGGCUUUACCUGAAAACCAAACUUUACCACAACCAGUUGACGACUCACCAAGGGCAUUAGUAAAAUCAUUGGUAGCUGGAAGACAGAUUGCAGCAGCUGCUGCUGCUGAAGGUGACAGUUGUGAAUUUGGAUCAGCACACUACUUUGCUCUUUGUGGUCUAGGAGGUAUCCUCUCAUGUGGUAUCACUCACACAGCUGUAGUACCACUUGAUUUAGUAAAAUGCCGUAUCCAAGUAGAUCCUGCUAAAUACAAGAGUGUAUUUAAUGGUUUUAAAGUAACCCUUGCUGAAGAUGGUACAAGAGGUUUAGCUAAAGGUUGGGCCCCAACCUUCUUUGGUUAUUCAGCUCAAGGUCUUUGCAAAUUCGGUCUUUAUGAAGUUUUCAAAGUAAUGUAUGGUGAUAUGAUUGGCGAGGAAAAUGCCUACCUCUACAGAACUUGGUUGUACUUAUCAGCUUCAGCCACUGCUGAAUUCUUUGCUGAUAUUGCCUUAUCACCUAUGGAAGCUGCUAAAGUCAAAAUCCAAACCACACCUGGAUUCGCCAACACCCUCCGUGAAGCAUGGCCUAGAAUAUACAGGGAAGAAGGUCUUAAUGGUUUCUACAAAUCACUUGUUCCUUUGUGGAUGAGACAAAUCCCAUACACCAUGAUGAAAUUCGCAUGCUUUGAGCGUACAGUCGAACUUCUCUACAAAUAUGUAGUACCUAAACCACGUGCUGACUGCACUAAAGGUGAACAAUUGAUUGUUACAUUUGCUGCUGGUUACAUUGCAGGUGUAUUCUGUGCUAUUGUAUCACAUCCUGCUGAUACUGUUGUCAGUAAAUUGAACCAAGAAAAGGGAUCAACUGCUCUCGAGGCUGCUAAGAAAUUGGGAAUGGCUGGAUUAUGGAAGGGGUUGACUCCUAGGAUUGUGAUGAUUGGUACAUUAACUGCUUUGCAGUGGUUCAUCUAUGAUGCCUUCAAGGUUGCCAUGAGAAUGCCACGACCACCACCACCAGAAAUGCCAGAAUCAUUAAAGAAGAAGUUGGAGGGCAAAUAGAGAAUUAAUUUAUUAACACUAAUAUGUAAUUUAUGACUUUAUUUCCAGAAAAACGAAAUCGCAGUAUUUCCAUUAGUUCGUUAUAGUUAUUGAUUAUCAUCAACUUUGCGAAUUUUGAUAUUUUUAAGUUCAUACCAGUUAUGUCCGAUAUUUUAGAUUGUAAAUAGAUAAUCAUCAAUAUACAACUGGAACUCCGUUAAUAAA